ACGAUGAGGUCGGUGUCUAAGGAGAGCAUUUAAGAAGCCCUCUGGCCUCGAUCCCUCACAGUUCUAUUGGACUCUCCAGCUGCACUUGUUACAGCUCCUCUCAUCACCUUCAUCACGGCACCAGCGUCUUCUUCCCCGAACCGAAAACCGACGAUGUCCGGCAUCAUGAAAGUCUUUCUGCUCCUGGCUGUCAUGUUCUGCAUCUCUGAAGCCCAGCUUGAUCACACAUCUGGGAAUCAGUGUUGGUGUACAAAAGUCCAAAAGGGAAUUCGAAGUGGGACAAACAUGAAGGACCUCGACAUCAAGACCUACCUACCUACGGCCUUCUGUGACAAAAAGGAGAUUGUGGUCACCAACAUAAACAACGGCCAUCGCUACUGCCUGAACCCCGAGGUGAAGGCGGUGCAAAGACUCAUCGCUAGGAUGAUGUAACAAACGGGCGGCCUCUGAUACAACCAGACCCACCAACAUCACCUCCAGCAGCAGCACAGCUCACAUCUGAGCUGAUCAUUAUGAGCACCAGAUGACCUCUGACCCCCACCAAACAAAGGCACCUCAAACGACUGUAGAUGUAGUUAGAUUCAACUGUUUGUCUAUUUAUCCCCCUUUUAUACUGAUGUCCACUUACAUUACAUCUGCUCUAUUUAAUUUCCUUGUGUCUGUUUUUGUAAAUAUCUGUUUGUGCUGAAACAAAGUUUUAUGCAUUUUGGUAUGUGCCAGAGUUUUUUUUAAUAAAAAGUAAAUAAAUGACAGAAGCAUUGACAGUUUUUUGAUCCAUGUCUGAUGUCCAUGUCUUUCUGUGGCCGGUAUCAAGUGCUGCCACAGGCAGGCACGGCAAUGUUUUUAACUGAUCAAAAAUCCUCCAUUUCAAGCACCACAUUAAAACUAUAACUAAGUAACUAAAGUUCAUACUUAUUUUUCUACAUAAUGUGAUAAGUCCCUUCCUCAUCCCUCCAAAAACGUUUUAAACAAAAGUUAACUGAAGCUUGGCUUAAUAAAUUUGUCUUGUUACAGUUGAUGAAAA